AUGAUCGCAGCGGCGACGAACGAAUCCAGUUCGUUGAAGCCGUCGAAGGUCAGGACCGCGACCUGCAUCACCCUUGCGUUCGUCCGGAGAACAGCGUCCGCGUCGCACCGCGACCCAGACCGGGCCGGUCUCAUCCUGCGAGACAUGGAUACGCCCGCUCCGGCCGAGGCGCGUCCCCUGCGCGGCGACAUAGCUGCCGCUGGCCCGACCGCUGGCGAACAGCCACUGGCCAACGGACGCGUUGAGGCUGCCGGUCACCGGGUCUUCGAUCAGCCCGCCAUGCGCGCCGGUGAAGAGCGCGCGCAGUUCGAACGCCACCUCGCCACCGGGGCGUGCGGGCCGACGAUGCCGAUGUCGAUAUGCUCGGGGUGGUACCGCGCCGGCUCGACCGCCAGCACCGCCUCGGCAGAUCCCAGCAUGACCGCGAUCCAGCCGGGGCCAUUAUCCGCCCAGUGCGGAAUCGACAAUCGCCGAGCGGUCGAUCCGCAGCAACUCUGCGACCUGAGCGAUCUCGGCUUCGGUCGGCGUGCCGCCGCGCAGCAACGGUGGGGCGGCAAAAAGCAAGCUGGUCGCCAUCGCGUCGGAUCGUCACCAGCCCGACGCCGCAUUCCUGCACGAUCACGCCGUCCUGCUUCGAUCGUCCGCCCGCUUCCGCCCACGCAUGCGCACUGCCGCAGUGGUCGGAUGCCCGGCGAAGGGCAGUUCGUGCGCCAUGGUGAAGAUGCCCAGCUUGCGAUCGCCUGCAUCUCGUCCGUCGUCAGGCCAUCGGCAUCGGCGAUGACGGCCAGCGGGUUGCCGGUCAGCGGAUCGGUGCCGAAUACGUCGACGAGGCGAAAGGGGCGGUCACGGGCAUCUCCUGUUGAUGAUGGCUGGUCCUAUCGCGCGACAACUGGCGCUGACAGAUACACAUCGGUACGAUCAUGCCGAACUGUAUUGGUGAGAUUGGCAGUACGAUGGCGAGCGCCCCUGACGAAACCUGCACCGGCAUGGUGGUCGCGCGAUCCGCGACCGAAUCGACGCCCGCACGCUGACGCCGGGCGCCCGGCUGCCGUCGAUCCGCGCGAUGGCCGAGACGAGCGGCGUCGCGCGCGCUCGACGGUGGUCGAGGCUAUGAUCGCCUCGCGGCCGAGGGCAUGA